AUGCUCCACUGCUCACUCCUUUCUCUUCUAGCGCUAUCAGCCCACUGGAGCGUCCCGGUCGCGGCCAAGGCAAAGGACGGCAACGAUGAAGGCCAGCAUCGUCUAAAGCACCCUCUGGCGUCAAUGGCCAGCCCAGAGGCGGCAUCCAUGGAGCACAUCGACGACGACAUGCUGGCGCGCCGGGUCCAGAGAUUCACGACCUUUGGCCAUGUCCCGUACGUCAACUGCUUCGCGAAAGAAGAAAAGGGGGACAAUAGCAGUAGAUAUGACAUUGCCAUCCUCGGCGCUCCUUCUGACAUAGCCGUCACCGGUCGACCAGGCGCGCGGUUCGGCCCCUCGAGCAUCCGCUCCGCCAGCGAGAGCAAGUCCUACGGCUACAGCGUCUUCACCGGACGCGACCCGUUGCGCGACUGGGCCCGCGUCGUCGACUGCGGCGACCCGCGCCUCUCGCCCCUCGACAAGGUCGUCGCCUUCCGGACGCUCGACCGCGCGCACGAGCUCGUCUCCCUGCGGCCCGCGGCGAACCCCAACCGCACCGCCGCGCCGCGCGUGCUCAUGCUGGGGGGCGACCACAGCACGACGCUGUCUGCGCUGAGGGCUGUGCACAAGAGAUGGGGCAAGGUGUCGGUCGUGCACUUUGACAGCCACAUUGAUACCUGGGAUACCGAAGGCGCAGUCUCGGAAUACGCAAAGCUGGACCACGGCACGUUUCUGUACUUUGCCCACGAAGAGGGUCUCAUCCUCGACACCUCCAUCCACGCUGGCAUCCGCGCACCGCACUACUUCCACAGAGACAUCACAAACGACCGCCGCGUCGGCUUCGCCACCGUCAACGCCCGCGAGGUCGACACCAUCGGGAUCCGCGGCGUGGUCGACAAGAUCCGCCAGCGCGUCGGCGACAGCCGCGUCUACGUGACGGUGGACAUUGACGUCUUGGACCCCGCCUUUGCUCCGGCAACCGGCACCCCCGAACCGGGUGGUUGGUCGACGAGGGAGCUGCUCACCAUCCUGCAGGGGCUCGAGGGCCUCAACGUUGUCGGCGCCGACGUCGUCGAAGUCGCGCCCGUCUACGACACGGCGAGCCAGACCACCGCAUUAGCUGCUGCCGAGGUUGUCAUUUCUUUGCUAGACCUCAUGGUCGGGUCUCCGGUAAAGGGUAAUGCUUCGCAAACCCCAUGA